AUGCAGAAAGAGGUCGACAAAAGCGACAGCAGCAAGGCCAUCAACGCCACAAGCUGGAGCCUGGGGAUGAAGAUCUAUCAUACUGCCAUCCCCUGCUUCCUGGCCUUUUUAAUAACGUUCUCCGCAUCCGUCACGGUCCCUGCCACCUCUGCCCUCAUGAUCGAGUUCGCCGUCAGCCGCACCGUAGCGAUCCUGUCCGAAACCAUGUACAUGCUGGGGCUGGCCUUUGGGCCCAUGAUCAUGGCGCCUCUGUCCGAGUUUAUUGGGCGUCGCUGGCUGUACAUUGCAACCUCAUCGAGUAUCAUUGCCUUUGCAGGUGGUGCUGGAGCGGCUCGGAAUUUGGCCACUUAUUUGGUCUGCCGCUUUCUCUGCGGAUGCCUGGGAUCAGCGGGAGUCGCCAUCGGUGCUGGAACAAUCCUCGAUGUUUGGGGGAUCGGCACCAAGGCGGGAGCCAUGGCUAGCCUCCUUUUUAUCUGCGGCCCGUUCUUCGGCCCCUCUCUUGGCCCGCUGGUCGGCGCAUAUAUCAUGGAUGAAUACCAUGGCGACUGGCGAUGGACGCAGUGGGUUGUGGCCUUGAUCGGGGCGCCCAUCUGGAUCUUGAUACUCUUCAUGAAGGAGACGUCCGAUUCGCGGGUCCGGGCUACGGCGAAACACUCGGGUCCUUUCAGUACUGUGCGGCUCGCCUUGUCGAUGCUCAAGGCGGCCGUCUUCCGCUCCAUGGCCAUGCUGACCACGGAGGCCAUCGCGUUCUCGCUGACCCUAUACACGGGAUACGCAUACUCUGUAGUCUUUAGCUAUUUUGCAAGCGCCACCUACGUCUACACCCUCGACUACGGCUUUGACUCCCGCUCUAUUGGUCUCUCCUUCAUUAGCGUGCUCAUCGGCUAUCUUCUGGCUUGUGUCACAUACCUUGUGAUUGAGAAGACACUCUAUGCCCGCGCUGCGCGGCAAGCUCCCAACGGUCAUCCAGCCCCAGAACAUCGACUGUACAGCGCCAUGGCCGGUAGCAUAUUCUUGCCCAUUGGGCUGUUCUGGUACGCAUGGGCAGCUCACCCAGGCGGCCACUGGGCAGUAGUAGUAGCGAGUGGCAUCCCAUUUGGUCUUGGUGCUUUUGUUCUCUUUCUUUCCUCUAUGAUAUACCUUGUCGAAUCAUACGGACCUGAUGCAGCUGCGUCUGCUAUCGCCGCGAAUGGAUCCUUUCGAUACCUCCUCGGAGCGGUGUUCCCUCUAUUCACGAUUCAGAUGUACGAGAAGCUCGGCGUUCACUGGCCUGGUAGCGUAUUUGCCUUUCUGUCAUUAGGGCUUCUCCCUAUCCCGUGGAUCCUCUUUAAAUUCGGCCAUCAGCUCCGGAAGAAUAGUAGAUUUAUAGCAUCGUCACAAGUGGAGGAGUAA